AUCAACACAUCCACUCCUGCAACGGGACUCAAGCCCACAGAUGUGGAAGUAUGGAAGUGCCAAGCAAACUCUCAAGACUCAGAGGCCAUCAACUGGGUCUCCGAUUCUCCGAAGCAGCAAGUCAUCAAAUAGACUGGUAACAAUUGGCGUGCAAGGUGGACCUCAUCCUGCUGGACCCAUUCUUAGAUGUCAUGAGAUCGAGAUCUUUCAGCGGGUCAAUGAAGGGCUUCCUUCACCAAUGACUGAAAGGAAGAUCUGAUUGUUUCUAAAUGGCAAAAUGGAGAGCCCCGGAAUCCCCAUAUUGUGCCAGCAAAGCGGUGACAGACUCGCGACAGCUCAUGUCUGGCAUGUCAUGACAGACUGUGAGGUCUUCAUCACUAGCCUUAAACUGGUGGUAUUCAUAGAUAUCAGAUGCGUUCAUCUGUAGCGUGCGGCUGGUAAGGCCAGAGCCAUGCUUUUUACCACCUUCGCGCCGAGAUACUCCGAGUUGGACUUUCACCUCCAGGUGAGCUGCUUUCACUAUCACCGACCUUCGUCAAGGUCUCUUUUUCUAAGAGGCUCGCUCCUCUCGUCUAUCAAAUGAACUUCAUACCAGUUACAUCAGGGUGGGUCAACAUGACGAACAACUCUGGAGACUGUGACUUACCAGGUAGCCUUGAUUCUGCUGUUUGGUGUUUAUUGCCAUGAGCAGCAGGUAGCAUGUUACUGAAAUAGGCAAGUAACCUCAGUAGCCAGAGAAUAGGGUGCGGUUAAGAUGCACUAAUCCAUACUGGAUGUAGAAUGGCAUCCCCCUCCCCCAGAGUCUCCCCUCAUGACCGGAUCCACCUCGGUCCUCCAGCAGGAUAGAGCUCCCAUAAGUCAGGUUCCAUCCUCGACUUUGAUUCUUCGACUUCAUCCUCUUUCUUCACAUUCAUGCAAGCAGACCCAAAUCACUACUUCAAAUUCUUCUUCUAGCAUUGGGCCGUUUUCGAAAUUACUUCAAGGGAUAUAUUUCGAAGCAUACGUAUCAUCAAUCAAAAAAGCUUCAAUCAUCUUGAGCUUAGAUCUUGCAACGAUGGCGCGCAAAUACUUCGCGAAACGUAACUUCAAUGAUAGGCCGACUGCUGAACACGAUGAGAAGAAAAACAUCGAUGCUCGGUCAGAGCUUCCUAACAUACCGCAGCCUGAACGGCAAUCUGUGGGUAGUUCAAGCUCCGACGGCCACCUCGAGACAGAAAAAUCAUCCGAGCAUCCUUCCAUCGAGCAUGCCAAACUCAGUACCAGACUGAAAGUGACCAUCGCAACUUUGAGCCUUGGGGGCUUAAUGUUUGGCUCUGAUACUGCCAUCAUCGGGCCAGUACUGCUCGAUGUCGACCAUAAUUUAGGCCACGAACUUGCACCGAGAGAGAAGGCACUCAUUACGUCAACUUGUUUCGCUGGAGCGUUCGUGGGCUGUUUGGUAGGAGCGUUGAUCUCACACCGAAAUGGGCCAAAGAUCGGAAUAAGAGUCUGUUGUGUUCUCAAUAUUGUCGGGGUGAUACUCAAUGCGGCCUCCUACUCGGUUCCCCAAAUGGUGGUCGGCCGAAUAUUUUCGGGCAUCUCCAUAGGCAUUGUGUCCACCAUCGUCCCCAGCUACUUAGCAGAAGUUGCUCCUUCGAAGUAUCGUGGACGUAUCCAGGGGAUAUGGACUCUCGCUGUGGUCGUCAGUCAGUUCGUGUCCUAUGGCAUUGGGGCAGGAUUUGCACCAGUCCCUAACGGCUGGAGGUACAUGUACGCACUGCCCGCCAUUUGGCCCAUUGCUCUCUAUAUUCUCGUGAGCUUUAUUCCGGAAUCUCCACACGAGCUCAUUUCGCGAGGCAAAAUCGAAGAUGCCAAGAUGUUUUACAAAAUCACCACGAACCCCCCGGUCGCCGACGAACUAAUUGCACAGAAGAUAGUCUCGUUGUGCAACGAAAUCAAAUCGCCCUCCCCAGACACUCCAAAGAAAUUCAGUUUUAAGGCGGAGUUCGCACCAUACAAGCAACUCGUUGGCACCCGUCAGAACUUGAGAAAGCUUUUCGCGGCAUGCGGAUUGAUGUUUGCCUCUCAAUUCACAGGAUUCAACUCCUUGACAUUCUUUUCGGUAACACUGCUUGCCACCAUGGGAAUUCCGAAACCUGAGGCCAUGGCAAUGCCCCUUGGUGUGACAAACAUAGUUGGCACCUUGGCGUAUCUAUUUCUCGUUGACAGGUUUGGUAGAAGGAGGUUGAUGCUUAUUACACUACCAUUCACCAUCAUCUCGUGCGGGGUCUUUGCAGCCACCUGGCGAUAUGUUGGUGUCGAUAUCGCAGGGUUUCAUCCUCAUGAAGACGCAACAUUGACGUGGGCAGCCUGGGUUAUAUACAGCUUCAUGAUCGUCUUUGUUCUUUCUUACUCCUCGGCCAUUGGUAAUGCAGCGUGGGCGUCUACUGAACUGUUCCCCAUGGAGAUCCGCGCGCAGGGAGCCAUGGCAAUGGCGAUGUCAAAUUGGCUCUCGAAUAUCAUUAUCUCUGCUACGUUUCUUUUACAGAUGGAAGAUACAUCGCCCAAGUGGACUUACGUGGUCUAUGGGCUUAUUAAUCUGGUAACUUUCACGGCUGUGUACUUUGGUUUCGCUGAAACCAAGGGCAUGCCGUUGGAAGAAAUCAGCAAAAUAUUUGAAGAAGAUUUUGGAGUCAAGAAAGCAGAAAAAUGGCAGAAAGCGCAGAGAACUGCUAGGAGCCAGGAGCCACCUGUUUGAUUUGUUACAUUCGGUUUACAAUACCCUUCUUCAUCGUCUCAGACGGAUAUUUGCAUCGACGCCUUUCCUAGAUACCCACAUCAAUACCAUCCCAUGGAAGAGAUACAAGCACUGUCAUUUUACUCAGCGAAAAUUGUUGGAUCGCAAUUACCGUCGUAUUUAUAGAUGUUUUAUGAAUCCUAGAGCUUUGAGCUCCUAUUCUAAGUUGAUGGUUUUCCGGACUGUAACUAUGUCGCCAAAAUAAAGGGGGUUGCAGUCUGACCCUGCUCCUGUCGCCCUGACGUGAUGUCGCCC